UGCGUAGUUGGGUAUUGCUGUUAGGCAUCUGGUAAUAGGCAGCCGUCAAGCUCGUGGCCUGCAUUGACUUGCCCAGCGUCUUGUCGUGUUGGUAGCAGAUGCCUGCUUGGUUCGGGUCCCAGCCUGCUCCGUUGUCAGGAGGAGUUCCCGGCUCCCCUCCCCUCCCCCCACUAUAAACCAAUCCGUCGUCGUCCUCCUUCUCUUCUUCCAACUCAAUCCUGCAAACUCCAACCACACGACAACGGCUACCCACAACCCUAGGCCGGUUACCGACGCGCACGCAUGUCGAAUUCCCUCUGCCCUUCUUCCCAAGCAUUCGCCGGAUGAACGGCCCAACGUGCCGCCGGCUGCCUUCGCUGCUAGCCAGCCGCGCUGGCGGCCGCCACGUGACGGCGACGACAGGGGGAGGUUGCCGAGCGCAGCACUCGCGCGCGCGCUGGCGGGUGCCGCGUCUCUCCUCCCUGCCGCCGCUGCCGCCGCUGCCGCCGCGCCUCGCCGAGUCGGGCGCCGCUGGGACCCUCCAGGUGCGAGGCAAGAAGACCAAGUCGACGGUGAGCCUCGACGACCUCCCUCGGGAGUACGCGGGGACUCCCAAGGUACGACGCAAGAAGACCAAGUCGACGGUGAGCCCCGACGACGUCCCUCCGGAGUACGCGGGGACCCCCAAGGUACGACGCAAGAAGACCAAGUCGACGACGGUGAGCCUCGACGACCUCCCUCAGGAGUACGCGGGGCCCCUCCCCCCGGAGCCGGGCAAGGGGCCGGACGGGGCCGACGAGCCCCCGUACCCCACCGUCGUCCUCCAGGCCUACCGGAACAUGCGCAAGUUCGAGAAUUGCGUGCUGCUCACCCGCGUCGGCGGCUUCUACGAGCUCUACCUCGCCCAGGCCGAGGAGUACGCGCCGUUGCUGAACCUCAAGGUCGCGCAGAAGAAGACCAAUGCCGGCCCAAUACCUAUGGCUGGCUUCCCUUUCUUUCAGCUGGACCGGUUUCUCAAGGCCCUAGUCCUCGACUUGAACUGCUACGUUGCCAUAGCUGAGGAGUUCCCCAACGACCCGGGCGACAAGGUCAAGUCGGGCGGCUUGAUGCACGACCGCAAGGUCACCCGCGUCAUCACGCCGGGGACGCUCAUCGACGAAAACUUCAUGGAUCCAUAUGCCAACAACUACAUUAUGGCAAUCCACGUGCACCUUUCGCAUGAAGGAGAUGACGCCUCGGACUCGGCAAAAUCCGAUGGGGCCACCGUCAACGACAAUGUUAGCAUCGAGUCGGGUCCUCUCGCGGCGUUACAAGUCAGCGAUACCCCUAUCGGCUUAGCGUGGGUAGACAUCUCGACGGGGCAAUUCUACACAGAAUCGACGACCGUCACGUCGUUGAGCUCUAUCCUCUCUCGCGUUGGUCCGAAAGAGGUGGUCGUCGACGAGGUCCUCGAGUCGCACAGAGACCACCAAUUAUUUUCUGUCCUCGCUGAGGAUAAGCACCUCAUUACAUUCGCGCCUCAAGGCGAACACCUACCGCUAUCGGAAUGGAGUCUGAUGUUAGAGUCGGAAAUCCCGGCCCAGAUCGCCCAGACCUUCACUGCGAACGAGGUGUAUGCCGGGAGUCUGCUGCUCCAGUACGUUAGGGGCCGUCUACAGAAUAUGAGUAUGAAACUGCAGCCGCCGCUGCGAUACGACAACAUGUCGGUCAUGAUGAUUGAUAAGAGCACUAUGCGGUCGCUCGAGAUUAAACAAACCAUCCGCGACGGUACAUUUCGAGGUAGCCUUCUGCACGCCAUCCGGGAGACGGUUACUAAAGGUGGCGCCCGGCUGCUGAAUACUUGGCUCUGCGCGCCCUCGACGUCGUUGGAAACCAUUGUCGCCCGCCAGGAUCUGGUAGAGUACUUUGUCCAGCACCCGGAUCUUCGCGAUGAGAUUGUGAUACUACUGAGACGGAGCCACGACUCGCAGCGCCUGGUGCAGAAGUUUGCGAUCGGUCGCGGAGACGAGGACGAUCUCAUUGCUCUCGCCAACACUAUCCAAGCCACAAAAGAUAUCGUCACGCUCUUGGAAAACUCGCAGGGACAGGCCCGCCCGCCACCAAAAGGGGAGCACAACGCGCAGGGCGAGGGCGGGACCUCGUGCUUCGCGUCGCUCCUCUCGCGCAUCAAGCUCGAGGACCCGAUCAGCUUAGCCGACCGCAUUAGAACCUCCAUUGACGAAGAGGGCCUAGUUCAGCAGCAGCGCAAGGAGGACGACAAAGCAAACCAGCUCCUGAAGCUCGCCGGCAACAUAGUUGCCGCCGAAGGCACUCAGGAGGACGCGUCCGCAUUGCCUAAAGGGACGGGCGCGGCUACUACCGCUGCGAAAAGAAAAAAGCCUGCUUCGCUCAGGGAUUACCUUUUUCCCGCUGCCGACGAGAGCGUGACGUUCGUCAUGCAGCCCAAGGCUAACCGAACUCUCCACAAACUCCACAACAAACUAUCCUCCCUCUUAGACGAAAAGUCCGCUCUCGCCGACACCCUUCGCGAGCGUUUCGGCGCCGCCAGCCUCACCCUGCGGUGGGCGCCCAACGUGGGCCACAUCUGUCACAUCAAAGGGGUCAAGGACGUGCGCAAAAUCACAGCCGACCUCGCCAGAGACCAAUCGUCGUCGAGUCCAACCCUAGUCGGCUCGAGCCGUAGCACCCGAGCCUUCCACGUCCCCGAGUGGACCGAGCUCGGCCAGCGCAUCCACCAGACCCGCUUCGAGAUCCAGGCCGAGGAGCAGCGCAUCUUCGCCGAGCUGCGCGCGCUCGUCGUCUCCAACCUCGUCAAGCUCCGCCACAACGCCGCCGUCCUCGACGAGCUCGACGUCCUGGCCGCCUCCUUCGCCCGCCUCGCCUCCAAGCAGGACCUCGUCCGCCCCGUCCUCAGCGACGACGCCGCCGGCACCGCGUCGCACGUCAUCAUCGGCGGCCGCCACCCCACUGUCGAGAGCGGGCUGCGCCAGCAGGGCCGCAGCUUCACCAAGAACGACUGUGUCUUUGGCGGCGUCGCAACCACCGACGACGCCAAUCCCAAGAACGUCCAGUCCCGCGGACGUCUCCACCUCAUAACGGGCCCCAACAUGGCUGGGAAGAGCACCUACCUUCGGCAGAACGCGCUCAUCGCCAUCCUCGCGCAGGUGGGCUGCUACGUGCCAGCGGACCACGCCGCCCUGCCGCUCGCCGACGCCGUCUUCUCGCGGGUCGGCUCUGCCGACAACCUCUACGCCGACCAGAGCACCUUCAUGGUCGAGAUGCUCGAGACGGCUGCCAUCCUGCGUGCUGCCACGCCGCGCUCCUUGGUCAUCAUGGACGAGGUCGGCCGCGGCACCACCCCCAGCGACGGCACUGCCGUCGCCUUCGCCGCCCUCCACUACCUCGUCACCGUCAACCGCUGCCGCACCCUCUUCGCCACCCACUUCCACGGCCUCGCGGACCUAGCCGUAGAGCGCGGCCUCGCGGACGCCGGCGAUACCCAGGGGGGCAGGCCUGUCGAGAUGUACUGCACCGACAUCGAGGAGACGAGCAACGGCAAGGGCUUCAUCUACGUCCACAGGCUACGGAAGGGGGUCAACCGAAACAGUCACGCCCUCAGGGUCGCGCGCCUAGCCAACCUACCCGAAGCGGCUAUCGCGGUUGCGCAGGAGGUUUUGGAGAAGCGUGGCAGGGAUGGCGGCGCUAUUUAAAAGGCGGCCACCGGUGUUCGGGUGGCGAUACGACUCUAUGCCUACGAUCUCGAAUGAUACCCAUAUGCGAAGCAGCAGCAGCAGCAGCUUGCCACCUUCGCGCGAUAGGCUGUUAGGUCUUGAGGAAUUGUUAUGGUCUCCUUGCUUCGCUCCGUCUGUACGAAAAUCACUACCUAAACCAGGCCAUUUAGUUAGCAUGCGAUUCUGUGCGCGGGGCGUACCGAU